UUCAGCAUUUCUCACUGCAUUUGGAAGUACCGCAGAAGGUACUUGUCAAUGUGAUCUAACUGUAGUUCCUUGAACCCUCUGACUGAGGCCAAGCAAGUAGAAUACAGGUCAAAUCCACAUUACCCCAACUUGAGACUGAGGCACCUACUGGCAGUACAGAACCUAAAAGCAUCACAGCAAGCUCACUCCGCUACAGCCAUGUAUGAGAAAAGUGAGAAAAGGAUUAUGUUUGAUUUUCCGUCAUCUAUAAAGAAACAUGACAGUUCUUGGCUAUUGGAAAAGCACUGCAGAUCUGGAAAAAGAGCACUUAGCACCUCUUCUUUGCAAGCCAGAGACCCUUUCUUUCGCGGGAGGAAACCACUUCCCUAAUAGCCAAAGGAAUGCGGAGGCCCAGCAUCCCUAGACCCAACAAACUAUCCACUCAGUCUAGGGUUAUUUAAGAGCAAAUGCCAGUUUCAGGAGGGACACAGGACAUGGAAGCUGCUCCUCAGGAAUUUGACUGGUGUCUCCAAAGCAAGCAACUCUGGAAUGACUACAAUGGAAGGAGUUAAAAGAUACUGAAAUUUCUUAUUAAGUACGUUUGCCAGAAUUUACUUAUCAUUAAAACUGAUUAGUCGGAGACUGUCCUUGUACUCCAUGUACUUACCCAGUUGCUGCCUGCUGCCUGCUGAAUAGACGGAGGGAUGCUGGAGAGAUUAUUUCUAAGCCCUUCCCCCUUCCCUCUCCCCUCCUCUUUCAGGACCACAUUGACAGUCCCAAGGGAAACAGAGGAUAGACAGGGAGAGGGCAGGAUCCACCAGCUCUCACUCAGCAUAUUUCACCAGGGCACUCCAGGAGUCCAGAAGAGGAGCUGCCACUUCAGACACGGUCUCUUCUGCAAAGGAUCUAUCAGUACAACAUAUGGUACAUGAACUCAUACAAAUAUUUUUCCCUUGCAGGAAGAAGAGAAAGAGGAAAGAGGCUGCGAUCUCCACAGUGCUAUAGUGAUUUUUCAUGCAAUCCAUACUGUAAAGCAUCCCCAGGUCUUUCUGCUGGUCAGCUUGUGGCAUGUGGACUUCACCUGCGGGGAAGAUAGGUACCAGGCAGCAGCCCGGGGCAUGGUGAUAACCCUGCUCUGAUGCCGUUUUGGAUGUCCCAGUGAGAACUCUUAGACAUGCCUAUUCUCUCCAAAGGCAGUGACCAAGACUAUAGUAACAUUAGCUACACUUCUUGUAAUUCCUUGAGCCACUUCUUCCCUGUCUCUGUUGAAACCCCUCCUGUCAAAGGGGUCCAUUACCAAAGAGCCAGGAGGAUUUACCACCCUGAACAUGUCUCUGCAGUCGAUCUGAAGACAGAGAUUAUGAUAAAUGUUGGAGGCAUCAAAUACCUGCUACCUUGGAGCACUUUAGAUGAAUUUCCCCUGACCAGACUGAGCAAACUUAAGUUUUGCAGCAGCUAUGAAGAAAUAAUCCAGCUGUGUGACGAUUACGAUGAAGACACUCAUGAGUUCUUCUUUGACAGGAACCCCAAUGCUUUCGGGAUGAUCGUCAGCUUUCUAGCAGCAGGGAAGCUGAUGCUUUUAAGAGACAUGUGUGCCUUGUCUUUCCAGGAGGAGCUGAGAUACUGGGGGAUUGAGGAAUCCAACCUGGAGAACUGCUGCUUCCGAAAACUAUUUCAAAAACUGCAGGAGUUGGCCGAGGUACGCAAAGAAGAGGAACUUCGGAAGAGCAAAGAAGCUACAUGUGUCUUGGAUGAGAAAACCAAAUUUGGACAGUUUAUGAACAGACUCAGAGAUAUGGUAGAAAAUCCCCAGUCAGGACUCCCAGGGAAAGUCUUUGCUUGUCUCUCCAUUCUGUUUGUGGCCACCACAGCUGUAAGCCUUUGUGUUAGCACAAUGCCAGAUUUAAGAGCUGAAGAAGACAGGGGUGAGUGUUCCCAGAAGUGCUAUUACAUCUUCGUCAUAGAGACCAUCUGUGUGGCUUGGUUUUCCCUCGAGUUCUGCCUCCGAUUCAUUCAGGCAAGGAGCAAAUGUCAGUUCUUCAAAGGACCCCUAAAUAUAAUUGACUUCUUGGCUAUUUCACCAUAUUACAUUUCCCUCAUCUUCUCAGAGGAUGACUCAAAUGAGGAGGACAAUAGGCCAAGCAGCAAUACAUAUUUGGAGAAGGUUAGUUUGGUGCUACGGGUUUUACGAGCCCUGAGGAUCUUAUAUGUAAUGCACCUUGCCCGACACUCCUUGGGCUUGCAGACUUUGGGCCUCACAGUUCGGAGGUGCACACGGGAAUUUGGCUUACUUUUACUCUUCUUAUGUGUUGCUGUCACUCUGUUUUCUCCCUUGGUCUAUCUCGCUGAGAAUGAAUCUGGGAAGGUGCUCGAAUUUACGAGCAUACCUGCUUCUUACUGGUGGGCCAUCAUUUCAAUGACCACUGUGGGGUAUGGGGAUAUGGUACCACGAAGUGUCCCAGGCCAGAUGGUGGCUCUCAGCAGCAUCCUCAGUGGAAUUCUCAUCAUGUCUUUUCCUGCGACAUCAAUAUUCCACACUUUCUCCCAUUCCUACUCAGAGUUGAGAAAGGAACAUGAACGAAUGCAGUCUCGGCUAAACAGAGUAAAAAACGCCAAUCACUCUGGUGAAAGUGACACCUUCAAUGAGACAGAUAGCUUAAUCCUAGAGGAUCCGGCAUCACCAAUUAAAUACAUUUACAAAGGGAACUAAGCCUGAUUGUAAAGCAUUCCCAAGAAUAAGAGCAGAAAUGUACACAUCUGUAUGUCAAUAUAAUACAAUAGCAAAGCAACACCACCAGUUACAACACUACUUUCUGCCAGCAUACGUAUAAGAAGUACUCAAGCCAACACAUCUAGCUCCAACGCAUCAUUAUGGAGCUGGAGGUUUUGAGAAUGUCAAAAGUCAGAGUCUAUUCAAUAAUAAGUAUUCAUUCUUCUCUAUAACUAAUAAUAAACUCUGCCAGUCAUGUAUCUUGGUGAAUACGUAAUAUUGAAUGAGUAACAAACAAAACAGCUUCUGUCGGCACAAAUACACUUACUGUU